UUUAAAGUCAAACCUUGGAAUCCAGCUGUGUGAUUCCUGGUCCAAAAGAUUCCAAUAUAUAAAACGGCCCUGCCUCUCCAAUCUCUCUCGCGCCCCGACCACAAUUCGUCGUCCUUUUCAACCUUCUUUCGCCGCCUCUUCGGCCGCCGGAAUCUCAUUCCGAUCAGAAUGGGGGUAGGGAACGAAGCGGGCGAGGGAGGAGGAGGGGUGAGGAGGAGGCGUUGCUCGUGUACGAAAGACGAUUUUUUCCCGGAAGAGUCAUUCAAGAGCUUCGACAACUAUGUGAAGGCAUUAGCUCAGACUCCAACCCGGUUGGUGGAUCGGGUCUUUACCCGAUCCAUGGACCACACCGAGCUCCAUGAGGUGAAGGCCCGGAGCCAGCACGACAUGAAGAAGAACCUCACCUGGUGGGACCUCAUCUGGUUCGGCCUCGGAGCUGUCGUCGGCGCAGGAAUCUUCGUCCUCACCGGCCAAGAAACCAGGGAGCACGCCGGUCCCGCCGUCGUCUUGUCUUACGUGGUUUCGGGCAUUUCCGCCAUGCUUUCCGUUUUUUGUUACACUGAGUUCGCGGUUGAGAUUCCGGUCGCAGGCGGAUCAUUCGCCUACCUCAGGGUAGAGCUAGGCGACUUCAUGGCAUUCAUCGCCGCCGGCAACAUCCUCCUGGAGUACGUGAUUGGGGGCGCCGCUGUGGCCCGCUCCUGGACCUCCUACUUCGCCACCCUCUGCAACCACGACCCCGAUGACUUCCGCAUCAUUGUCCACGGCAUGAACCCCGACUACGGCCACCUCGACCCCAUCGCCGUCGUCGUCAUCUCCGUCAUCUGCGUCCUCGCCGUCUUGAGCACCAAAGGCUCCUCCCGCUUCAACUACCUCGCCUCCAUUUUCCACAUCUUCAUCAUCGUCUUCAUCAUCGUCGCCGGCUUCACCAAGGCCGACCUCAAGAACUACACCCCCUUCGCCCCCUUCGGCGCGCGGGGCAUCUUCCAAGCCUCCGCCGUCCUCUUCUUCGCGUACGUUGGCUUCGACGCCGUCGCCACCAUGGCCGAGGAAACAAAAAACCCCGCCCGCGACAUCCCCAUCGGCCUCGUCGGCUCCAUGGCACUCACUACCCUCAUCUACUGCGUACUCGCCGUCACUCUCUGCCUCAUGCAAUCCUACAAAUACGUCAACGUCGACGCCCCCUACUCCGUCGCCUUUCAGGCAGUCGGCAUGGGCUGGGCCAAGUACGUCGUCGCCGCCGGCGCGCUCAAGGGCAUGACCACUGUUCUCCUCGUCAGCGCCGUCGGGCAGGCUCGCUACCUCACCCACAUCGCGCGCACUCACAUGAUGCCGCCGUGGCUGGCGCAGGUUCACAGCAAGACGGGGACACCGGUGAACGCGACGGUGGUGAUGCUGGUGGCCACGGCAGUGAUCGCCUUCUUCACCAAGCUCAACAUCCUCUCCAACCUCCUCUCCAUCUCCACCCUCUUCAUCUUCAUGCUGGUGGCCGUAGCGCUCCUCGUCCGCCGAUACUACUCCACCGGCGAGACUACGCCGGCGAACCGGAACAAGCUCGUGGCCUGCCUGCUCCUCAUAGUGGGGUCUUCCAUCGGGACGGCGGCGUAUUGGGGAGUGAGCGACGGGUGGGUGGGGUAUGUGGUGAUAGUGCCGAUAUGGUUCAUAGCGACGUUUUGUCUGUGGGCGUUUGUGCCGCAGGCGAGGGCGCCAAAGCUGUGGGGGGUGCCGUUGGUGCCGUGGCUGCCGGCGGCGUCAAUAUUCAUCAACAUAUUUUUACUGGGAUCGAUAGAUAAGGAUUCAUUUGUGAGGUUUGGGGUGUGGACUGGGCUUCUGCUGCUCUACUAUUUAUUCGUGGGGUUGCAUGCUUCUUACGACACGGCAAAGGCGUAUGAAGGGAAGGCUAGGGAAACGACAACGCAGCAUUGGAAUAGGGUUGAAGAGGGCUCUGGGGUUACUCCACCUGCAGCAGCUGCCAAUUAAUUAAGCUAAUUAAAUAAUAAAUAUCUAUA